CCGGUGACAUUCAAUAUUCUCGACACGAACUUCGACAUCAUUCUGGGAAUGCCUUGGCUUGCAAGUGCGGAUCACACGGUCAACUUCCACCGGCGGAGCGUUCGCGACGCCUUCGGCGCGGAAGUAGCGUGUACUAUUCCUCUACCGCACCCUUCGAUUCGGUGCCAAGUGGUCACGGCCAAAUCAUUUCGGGCGACUUGCGCUUACGAGCAGCCCGAGGAAAUCGGCCUAUGUUUCCUAUGGACCGCCGCGGUAGCCAACUCUUCACCCACGGACUUGUCUUUGGACCCCCGGGUGGUGCGGUUGCUGGACGAGUUCGCCAACAUCUUCGAGUCACCUACCGGUGUGGUGCUGGAUCGGUCGAUCUCUCACGAGAUCAUUCUUAAGGCCGGUGCUGUGUCGCCGAAAGGUCGCAUCUAUCGGAUGAGCGAGGAGGAGCUUGAGGUCCUCCGCGCACAACUCGACGAUUUGUUGGCCAAGGGCUGGAUCUGCCCUAGCAGCUCCCCAUAUGGAGCACCAGUUCUCUUCGUCCGGAAGAAGAACAAGGAUCUACGACUGUGUAUCGACUACUGCAAGCUCAAUGCGCAAAUCGUUAAGAAUGCGGGGCCUCUUCCUCGCAUCGACGAUCUUCUUGAGCGAUUGGGCGGCGCAAAGUAUUUUUCUAAGUUGGAUUUGAAAUCGGGAUAUCAUCAAAUCUCGAUCCGGCCGAACGAUCGCUACAAAUCCGCGUUCAAGACGCGGUACGGGCAUUUUGAGUGGGCGGGCAUGCCUUUUGGCCUCACCAACGCCCCGACGACCUUUCAAGCGGCAAUGACCAAUGAGUUCCGUGCAAUGUUGGACCAGUUCGUGCUGGUCUACUUAGACGAUAUUCUCGUCUAUAGCCGGUCAUUGGAAGAUCAUAUGGGGCAUCUUCGACGAAAGGAGCUCCUCGCCUUCGUCCACGUGCUCAAGCGGUGGCGGCACUUCCUCCUUGGUCAAAACCAAUUUCGAUGGGUAACGGACAACAAUCCGUUGGUCUUCUAUAAGACCCAAGACACCGUCAACAGCACCAUCGCUCGAUGGAUGGCUUUCAUCGACCAGUUCGAYUUCUUUCCCGAUCACAUUCCCGGGAAGUCGAACCGUUUUGUGGAUGCUCUUUCACGGCGUCCGGAUCAUUGUACCGCGGUCUACUCAACCUUCGAGAUCGACGAUGACCUGCGGAACAGCUUCAUCCGCGACUACCAAGCCGACCCCGAAUUUCGCGACAAGUACGCGAAUUGCUCCUCUCCUAAUCCGGCUCCUUCUCACUACCGGAUCCAAGAGGGGUACUUGCUUGUCCACACGCGGGGGAAGGACCUUCUUUGCGUACUGAGUGAUCCUCACUUGCGUACACGGCUUCUUGGUGAGUUCCACGAUGCUCCCGCCACCGAACACUUUGGAGUCAAUCGUACGAUUGGCCGACUUCGCAAGCGAUUUUGGUGGCCCGACCUUCUCAGCAACGUCACGCGCUAUCGCGAAUCAUGUGAGGUUUGCCAACGCUGCAAAUCCCGCAACCAUCGUCCGUACGGUGAGUUACGAUCAUUACCGGUCCCGUUGAGGCGAAGGGAAGCGAUUGCCAUGGACAUUACCGGCCCGUUCCCCAAGCACAAGACCGGAGUGGAUGGGAUUCUCACGGUGGUCGACCGACUCACCAAGUUUGCCAUGUUUUUGCCUUGUCGCUAUCAUGCCAAGGCACCGGAGUUGGCCGAGGUUCUCUACGCCGGUUGGAUUCGAACCAAGGGUUACCCCAAGGAAAUCGUCUGCGACCGCGACACUCGGUUCAUGUCCGAUUUUUGGUUGGCGCUCAUCAAGCGAUGGGGCUCAUCUCUCAAGCCCAGUUCGGCUCGCCACCCUCAGACCGAUGGCCAGAUGGAGAGGGCGCAUCAGACCGCGCAGGUUCUUCUUCGCACUCUCAUCCGCCCCGACCAGAAGGACUGGGUUGAGCGGCUGCCGGAUGUCGAGUUGGCCUACAACUCCUCUAUCCACCCGGCUAUCGGGAUGUCACCCUUUGAAUUCGAGCACGGCUCGCUGGUCACUUCACCGUUGGACACGAUCACUCCACGAACGGCCGAGAGCGACGACCAUCUUCUUUUUGUGCGUCGGAUGCAAGAGCUUUUUGUCAAGGCACGCGAUCAGAUAGCUAAGACGCAGCAACGCAUGAGCCAACAGGCCAAUCGCCAGCGUCUUCCUUGCCCUUUCCGCGCCGAUGACCUCGUUUGGGUUUCCGCAGCGGAAUUCAGCCUUGAACAAGACAUCUCUCGCAAGCUCCUCCCGAAAUGGAUGGGACCUUGGCCGAUCGUAGCACCCGCUGGGGACGCACCCGAGGGACCUUCCUUCACGAUUCAGGUACCCGGCCACUUGCCCGUCUACCCAGUCUUUCAUGACUCCAAGUUGGCUCUUUGCAUGCCAGCGGAACAUGACGAUUUUCCCGGGAGACGUUCGCAAGAUCCACCCUCCAUGGAUGGUUUUCAGGAGGUCGGCGACAUCAUCUCCCAGUGACGCUACGGCAACAGGCCAACCGAGU